GAUGAGCGCAUCCUCCCUCCUUGCCACGUCUCUUCAGGGCAGGCGACGCAGCCGUCGCGGCGACGACAGCGAGAGGGAAGCGAGGAGGAGGAGGAGGCAGUCGGGAGGGACGCGCCGCGCCCCCUCCUCAGCCUGGAGGGCUCCUGGGCCCCGGCCCUGGCGAGAGCAGGAGCAGCCCCCGCUGAUGGUGCGGCUGAGGAGGCGAGUUGGGAAGUCUACUAGGUUGUCACCAAGAUUUCAGGGCAAAGGCUGCCAGAGGUGGAAGUGGUGGACUGGUUCCUGGUCAUGCCCGGUGGAAGGAGGGGACCCAGCCGGCAGCAGCUAAGCCGUUCAGCUUUGCCUUCUCUCCAGACAUUGGUUGGUGGGAACUGUGGCAACGGCACUGGUCUGAGAAACAGGAAUGGUAGUGCUAUCAGCCUCUCAGCUCCUCCUAUCACAGCCUUGAUUACUCCAGAGCCUGUGCGACACUGCCGAAUCCCAGAGCUGCCGGUAGACGGAAAUCUUCUGUUUGAGUUCCUCUUUUUCAUCUAUCUGCUGGUAGCCCUUUUUAUUCAGUAUAUUAAUAUCUACAAGACUGUCUGGUGGUAUCCAUACAACCAUCCUGCUUCCUGCACAUCACUGAACUUCCACCUCAUUGAUUACCAUCUGGCAGCAUUUAUCACAGUGAUGCUCGCGCGGAGGCUGGUAUGGGCCCUCAUCUCUGAGGCUUCUCAGGUGGGCACUACAUCAGUGAUUCACUAUAUGGCACUGAUCCUGGCACGCUUGGUCCUGCUCACCAUGUGUGGAUGGGUGCUCUGCUGGACUCUGGUCAAUCUGUUCCGUAGCCAUUCUGUCCUCAAUCUCCUCUUUCUUGGGUACCCGUUUGGUGUCUAUGUCCCACUGUGCUGCUUCCACCAAGACAGCAGGACACAGCCUCUUCCUGCAGACUGCAGCUACUUAAUGCAAGAUCAGCUGGUGGAUGCUGGUUCCACAGGGGUUGGCAGCCUUGUCAAGCCCAAAGACUUCAUCUCUCUGCUCAGAGAGUCCCUGAAAGAACAAUUCAACAACCCUAUGCCUAUCCCCACGCACAGUUGCCCUUUGUCCCCAGACCUCAUUCGCAACGAGGUGGAGUGCCUGAAAGCAGACUUCAACCACCGAAUUAAGGAGGUUCUAUUCAAUUCCCUCUUCAGUGCCUACUACGUGGCAUUCCUGCCGCUGUGCUUUGUGAAGAGCACCCAGUACUACGACAUGCGCUGGUCUUGCGAACACCUCAUCAUGGUGUGGAUCAAUGCUUUUGUCAUGCUCACCACACAGCUGCUUCCUCCCAAGUAUUGUGACUUGCUACACAGAUCAGCUGCCCACUUGGGCAAGUGGCAGAAGCUGGAACAUGGGUCAUACAGUAAUGCCCCUCAGCAUAUCUGGUCUGAGAACACAAUAUGGCCCCAGGGGGUGCUAGUGCGGCAUAGUCGAUGCCUAUACAAAGCAGUUGGGCCUUAUAAUGUAGCGGUGCCUUCUGAUGUCUCCCAUGCCCGUUUUUAUUUCCUCUUUCACCGCCCAUUACGGCUCCUCAACCUGCUGAUUCUCAUCGAAGGCAGUGUGGUCUGCUAUCAGCUCUACUCUCUGCUUCGCUCAGAGAAGUGGAACCACACACUCUCCAUGGCCCUGAUACUCUUCUGCAACUACUAUGUCUUAUUUAAACUCCUGCGGGACCGGAUAGUAUUGGGCAGAGCGUACUCAUAUCCUCUCAGCAGCUAUGGGUUAAAAGCCCAUUAGCUAAUCAUCUGAGGAAGGGAAGGAUAUUUUCAUACAGUUCUAUUUUUUUUUCUUGCAACUGUUUAUAAAUAUUUAAAAAUAUUUUAUAUUUUGUAUACUACUGUUUUUUGUGGGGUGGGGAAGGGCUAAGUGGCAAUUAAAUGUCGCUUUAUAAACAAGGUGUUAUUUUAUAUAUAAAAAAAAUCAUUGUGUAUAUACUGUAUAUCAAUAUAUCUAUGUGAAGCAAGAGGA